AUGUCAAGUUUAUACCUCAAGUCACCGUUACAUGCAUUUUCUGCUGGUCCAGACUCACAUGCAAACGGAUCGUAUUUUGAUAACUUAUUACUUCCUUCGUUCUCCAAAUUAUCGAGUAACAACAGUAAUAAUAAUGAUGAUAAUAAUAAUAACAAUAAUAAUAAUAUUACGGCUGGUAAUAAUAUACAUUCUGCAUGUCCUAGGAAAUAUUCAUUCCACUCCCUCAAUGUGUCACCAAUUUUACCUCCAUUGUCAUUAGCUAAUGAAAUACUCGGGAAGAAGUCAAAUACUGCACCAGCAUCUCCGCAUCACAUGGCUUACAACCCAAUUUCAUCAUUGACGCCCAACAGCUCGCCUGAAUUCAAUAAGGCCAGCUUAUCUCAAAUAAGUUUCACGAAUCCAUUGAAUUAUGGGUCCCAUUUAGGAAUUUCAACCCAUUCACAAGCUCAACUACCAUUAUUGGACAGGUUAUCGACCGUCUCUUUCUCUAAAAGACCGGAGCACUGCCAGCAAUCCUUACCAUCGUUAAGGCAUCUACAAUUACUACCUAGUCCUCUUCAACAAGAAAAUGCAGCUCGUUUCCCUGAUACAUCAAAACGUACGCCUUAUUGGAAAACUAAUCUCACUCAUUGGUGUAAGGAUACAAACUAUCAAGACUAUGUCAAAAUACGCGAAGAAGUGGCCCACUUUAAGCCACUGAGUAUACCAAACUUGGCACACGAAAAUAAUGAUAAUUCAAACAGGGAAGGAAGUUUUCACAGCAAAGAAUCAGAGUCAAAUAGAUCAUCCAAGCAUCACUCAUCAUCUGAUUAUACUUUCGCUCGUACUAAACUGAUUCCCUCGAUCCUAGAACCAAAAGAUCAAUUCAAAGAUUUAUCUAACAACGCAUGGAGUAUCAUUCCCCCUGUUACCCCUCCAAUGAGUCCACCAACUAAUAGAACUAUGGAACGAACAUCUUCUAAAGAUACAAAUAUUUCGUUUUUUGAAGAUCAACCUAACAACAAUGAUCCCAUAUUCAAUCCAAUAAUUAGUGAAAAGUUGGUUCAAGAAGUUAAACAACAAAGACAGUUGAAAAGGAACUCAUUUCCUACGCCAACUCCCAGUCAUAAAAAGACCAACAGUUUUAAAGCCCUACAAAUGAAAAAAUUGCUUGCCAAUAGAGACAUUCUUUCGAAUAAUUCCAAAUCCAGUAUAAGGAAACCUGCAAAGAACAAAAUCACUAAACAAGCAUCAAAUGUUUUCGGUAACACUGCAAGACAAUUGGUCAUGAAACUAGAUAAUCCAAGCUACAGCUCUGUGACAUCAUCUCCAUCCCCUUCCACACCGACGAAAAGUGGCAAAGCGAGAUCGAGAUCAUCUUCACCUGUACGCCCCAAAGCACCCACUCAAUCCCCAAUAUCACCCAAUUAUCACAGAUUUGCCCUAGAUUCCCCCCCACAAAGCCCUCGAAGAUCAUCCAACUCGAGCAUUACGAAAAAGGGAAGUAGAAGGUCUAGUGGCUCAUCGCCCACUCGCCAUCAUACCAGAGUGUGCGUGUCAUGCCAUUCUAGUGAUUCGCCUUGUUGGAGACCGUCAUGGUCGCCAAGAAAGCAAGACCAACUAUGUAACUCUUGUGGCUUGCGCUAUAAGAAAACACAUACGAGAUGUUUGAACGAUAUAUGUCGCAAGAUCCCCACAAAGGGUGAAAUAAACAUCAUGAAAUCUAAUGGCAUAGACAGAGAAUUCGUCCCUGAACGCAACUGUGAAAUUGAAGGAUACCGCUGCUUAUUCUGUAAUUACAUAACUGAGACUGUGGAGAACUAA